AAACUUGUUUUGGAGUCCGUAGUUUGGGUUUCAAUGUCGCGCGAGUGGUUUUGAAAGUGAGUGUGAGAGAUGUUGCUACGUCAACCAACACCGGAACAAAGAAUUCAUACGAAAAAAAUUUUAAAAGAAGAUGAAAAUGUUGAGAAACACUUGGAGGAAAUUAAAGAGUGGCUGAGGGAACAACCUCAUCUUCCAGAUUCUUGGGACGAUAACCGUCUUCUCACAUUUUUGCGUGGUUGCCGCUUCUGUCUUCCCACUUGUAAGAAAAAACUCGAAAUGUACUUUACAGUGCGUGCCACAAUGCCUGAACUCUUCUCCAAUCGCAACGUUGCAAAUACCGGAAUCCGAGAAGUCCUCGAAGUUUUAGAUGCUGCCGUCCUCCCUCAUCUCACUCCUGAUUUUAGUCGCGUAACAAUCGCCAAAGCCGCCCGUCAACAUUUUGACACCCCAACACCUUCAGAAUUCUUCAAAUUGGUUUUUAUGAUCGGCGAUCUUCGUCUCGACAUGGAAGAAUUAGGAGUGCCUUACGAUGUGUAUAUUUUAGACGCGGGAUUUCCCUGGUUCGGCCAUUUUCUCAAAGUGUCGCCAUUUUUGUUCCGGAAGGUUUUUAUUUGUAUACAGGAAGCCUAUCCGGUAGUAAUUAAACAAGUGCACAUUGUCAACGCCAACUCGUUUAUUGAUUUUGCAAUAAAUACGAUUAAGCCAUUUUUGAAUGAAACUCUGAGGAAUUGCAUUUAUGUGCAUCGAAACGUUGAGAGUUUGUACGACUAUGUCCCUAGGGAUAUUUUACCGGAAGAAUAUGGUGGCGGUGGAGGUAAACUAACAGAAUUGAAACAAUCAUGGAUAAGGGAAUUGGAAAAAUCAACUACAUGGUUUGAACAACAGGAAAAUAUAAAAGCUUUAAUUAAACCCACUAGUUUUUGGAAUUUUUUCAAUUUGUGAUGUAUGCAACUAAAUAUACAAUAAAGAAUUUAGUUUA